AUGGAGGAUGUCGUCUCCCCAUUCAACGACCACCAACGCAGCACUGUCACAUCACCGACAGAGCCGCGUGAUGGACCGGCCCCACCAGUUCCAUCAUCUCCUGCAAACUUCGCGUUCGACGAGACGGUUUUCGGUACAGCUCCUUUAACAGCAAGCCCAGGAAUAGAUGAUGAUGAACAUGCUCCCGACGAUGAGAUACCCUAUCCCGAAGCUGAAGAGGGCUCCAUCCUUCCACCCCCAGACUUCAAGCCAUUCUUCACCUUAAUCGAGGACUCUACAACUGGCGAGCACCAACACCCAACUGUACACUACCUCUUCGCCGACGACGACCAAGAAAUCCUCACAGCCGCUGCUUUGGAAACAGUCUCCCACGAACGGCAAGAACCCGAUGAUGAGCGAUUCGUGAUAGUAGACAUGAACGCAGACGGUAGAGAGGUUGUGGGCAUCUCAUCGCUAUCACCAGACUGGCAGACCUUGAAGACAAAGGUGACACAAGCUCCGAGCUGGGGAGACGCAAGCAAGUCUGCCGAGAAAGGGCUCAUGCUGAGGAUCUCAGGGAAAGAAGCUGAGGCCGGAGGUGACAAAGGGAGGAAAGGCGACGUGGACGGCUUGCUCAAGGCUUUCGAUGAACUUGCGGGCACGCUCGAUGAGGUUUUAGGCUCGAGCAUAACGGAGCUGGACAACCAGAUCGUGCAAUAG